UCAACGCAUCUAAGGUUAAGGGUAACGUGAGGCCCGAACAUGGCGGCCACUUCGCGCUCGGGAAUGCUAGAAAUUUUCACCAAAGAUGGAUGGAAACGGGUGUUAGCCACACUCGAUGACGAUGUUUUUACUCUGAAUGUGGAAGAUAGCCCUGUUGUUAAUGGCCAACCGCCUUCACCGAGCUCCCCUCCUCGUUCACCAGAAGCGAACGACCAUGUCGAACCACCGCAAACCAUAGCAGAUCAAAUCCGAACUGUUCGAGUCAUAAAACAAGAAGUCGGCGGCUUAGGAAUUAGUAUCAAAGGUGGUAAGGAAAACAAGAUGCCUAUACUUAUUUCGAAGAUUUUCAAAGGAUUAGCUGCGGAUCAAACGGAAAGUUUAUACAUAGGAGACGCGAUUUUGGCUGUAAAUGGAGAAGACCUCAGAAACGCUACCCACGACGAAGCUGUAAGGGCGCUGAAACGUGCAGGGAAGGAGGUCGAUUUGACUGUGAAAUAUGUGAAAGAAGUCACGCCUUACUUUCAUCGUACGGCGGAACUUAACGCUAAUGCUGCUGCAAAUGCAAGUACAAACGGCGAAGGACAAGCAGCUUCAGAGAGCAAACCGAAUUGUGUGGAAGUGAAGAAAAUGCCUCUCAAGUUAUGCUUCGUUACGAAGUAUGUUUCACCCAAGAUAGAAAAUCACGGUAGAACUUUCGAACUUUACAAUCCGGACGCCAGAUCUGCCUGCAUUCUGCGAGGGAAAGACACGUCGUCGGCGAGUCAAUGGUUCACGGACAUCCAUACAAAUAUAACACGGCUCAUCGCUCCAGCCAUUGAGGAGGUGAAUGACAUGCUCAGUUCUAACACAGGAUAUCGUGAAGUGCGAGCCAUGGGCUGGCUUAGUGAACAAGUUCAUCUUGGUGGUGACAGCUCCCACACAGAAUGGAAACCUGUGUUUGUUGCUUUAACAGAAAAAGACAUGUUGUUGUAUAUGGCUGCUCCUUGGUCGCGAGAUGAUUGGAGUGCACCAGUCAUGAGCCAUCCACUGUUGGCUACAAGACUUGUACAUUCAGGACAAGGUAGUGACCAAGUCCAAAAUGAACAAAUGACCUUCGGAACACGAACUGGAACUAGAAAAGGAGUAGAGGCACACAUGUUUAGAGUGGAAACUCCAAGAGAAUUGGCCAAUUGGUCACGGAGCCUGGUUCAAGGAUCUCACGAUGCUGCCACGUUGAUCAAAGAAAUUAACUGUGCUGUGACUUGGAGAGAUCAAGAGGCACGUUUAACUGUGCACUUUGAAAAUGGGUUCACCCUCACAGAUGCACGUGUAAAUGAAGGCAAUGGUCGCUCUCAGGUCUUAUGGUAUUUUCCAUUUGAGAAGCUAAAGCGCUCAGCAGAUGAUGGACAGAGAAUGUUGUGGUUAGAAUUUGGAGCAGAUGAAUCUGAUCAGGAGUUAGAUUUAGAACUUGAUCUCCAUGGCUGUCCCAAACCUGUGGUAUUUGUUAUGCACACCUUCCUAUCAGCAAAGACAACUCGCCUUGGACUUUUUGCUUGAGUUGUGUGGUGAGGAAUUUAAACUCUAAACUUCUCUACUUGGUGGUUCAGUUGAUCCUGUAGUAGUGGAGAAGUAGAUUUCCAUCACAAGCAACUACUCUUUUCUAAUAAUAUUCCAAGUUACAUCUGCAAGAUGUAUGUGUGAAUGAUAUAAGUACUAUGGUUAGAUCUGCCAAAUUGAGAUUUUGUCUUAACUUUUCACUCCAAGACUGAUGAAGAGAUAAUUUCUCCUUUCAAUAUCAAAACAAUAUAUCAAGCAGCCAAGUAAGGAGAAUUAUAUGAUCUGACACCAAAUUCUCAGAACAAACUUUAUAAGAAAUGUUUGGCAGACAGUAGGAGAAUUUUGUUGAGAUAUUGGGAGUGAAAUGGCUGAGAGAGUAAUAACUAUAGAUGUUUAAUUAGACAAUGUUGGAACUGCCCUUUUCAGCUUUUGCCUUUAAGUAAAUUUGAUUUUGUGGGGAAAAAAAAAGGUGUUGAGCAAAAUGAGAGUGGUAUUUUUCUGUUUGUCCAUUAGAAUUCCGAAAGACCAAAUGAAAGUUCUGCUAGAGGGAUUUCUGGGUUCUAGAAUAUUAUCUUAAGCUUAUUGAAUUUAUAUAAUUAUAUUCUAUUCAUCAGUUAUGGGGGAUGUAUAAAUCCCUGGUCAAAAGUUUAUAUUACUGGUUCCACUUUGAGCCAGUGAAUCUGCAAUAUUUUUUCAAAGGCCAUAGAAAUCUUGCAAGGUUUAUAAUUGUUUUUUUUUUUUUAGCACUGUGGUGUGUAAGGAUAACUUGAAUUGCCAAACUGAAGUUAACUUGCUCCUAUAAAGUUCAAUAAUGUAUUUGGAAAAAGUACUAAAAUGGCCAUUUGAGAGCAUGGGCUAUAACAGUUGGAAUUUUAUAUAGUGUACUGUGGUACUUGAGGCUGGAAUCAUUUCUGGGAUUAAAAAAAUUGGACAUUUUUCUUGCUAAUGAUUGCCACAGUUUUUUAAAGGUAUAGGAAUCAGUAGUGAGAUGAUAUUUUUUAUCAUGUAGAUGUGCUGGUAGCUAUAUUUAGUUACCAGUGAUAAUGAAUAGAUCGUUAGUUUUAGGGUUUUCUCUUUGAAAUUCUUGUCGAUUUGAAAUAUAUCAUUUCUCUGAAGGAUGGCUUUGGUUUCCUUCACUAUUGAUGAAGAUAUUUUUUAGAGAAGUGGCACCUUUGGAUGAAGAGGUGGUUGUGCAUUAUAAGCUUUUUCGUAGCAGUUAGUAGGUGAUAGAGGAUUUUUUUAAUGAAAAUAUAUCAAAUAUAUCUUAAAUUUUCUGUAGGCAUGGGGAAAUUUGUGGCAUUCUCUGUCCCUGCCAGUGUAUUGUCUUGCAGAAUGAUUACUGAUAUUUACCUGUAAGUGAUUUUAAAGAAAAUUAAAAUAGUUAUAAUUGUGAUAAUUAA